AUGCUUUAAACACUCUCGAAUUAUGUCGAUAUUGAAGAUGAAUCAAUUAAAAAUAUGAUUAAAGAAUUGAAAAUACUAGAAAUAUAAAUUCCUAAAGAUUAAUAAAUAGAAUUAGUAAAGUAAAUAUUUGAUGAUCAAUAAACUAAACCUAUACAAAAUUAGAAAUAUUAAAUUCAAAUAGGAAAUCAAUAUGAAUUAAAUUUAAUUGAAGAACAUUUUAAUAAACCUCUCUUGUGUGAAUAUUUAGAAAGUUAAUAUAUGACAUUAAUUGAAUUAAUUAAUGAGAUUUCAAAAUCUAUAUCAGAAAUCACUUUAAAAAUUGAUUAAAAAUAAUCUGCAAAUAAUAAACAAUAGGUUUAUAAAUUUCAAGAAGAAGCCUAAACAUAAAUCUUAUCCUUAAAUUAACCAUUAGAUAAUUCAUCAUUAACUUAAAAUAAUAAAGAUAUUUAUAAAAUUGAAAUGAAAUAAUUUAUUAAAGAUUAGAAGAAUAAUAUUAUAUAUUAAUAAUAAGUAUCUCAAUUAGAAUAAAAAGUAAAAUAAACAAGAAAAAUAAUAUUUGAUAAAAUAGAAGAAUAAAAUAAUUUAUCUGAUUAAGUAGUUUAAAAAAUGGAAAUGAACAUUGAUAAUGAAUUAAAACUAUUAGAAAAAACAAUUGAAUUAAAAUUUGUUGCUAAAAUUGAAAGUGAUUUAUAAUAAGAAAUUUUAUCUAUGGAAAAAUCAAAUGCUAAUAUUGCAUUCAAUAAAGAUGUUCCAUAAUUUUAAGAUUAUGAUUAAAUAGAUAAAUAAGUUAAUCAAUUAUUUAAUCAAAUUUGUUAAACAUUUUAAGAAAUAAAAGAAUAGAAAAUAAAAAAUAAUGAUUUAAUCUAUGAUUAAAUUUUAAAUAAUAUUGAAUCCUAAUCUAAGAAUUUAAAUAAAGUAUGUUAACAACAUGAAUCUAAUACAUAUUAAUUAUUAGAUUAUAUCAAUAAUUAACCUGAUUCAUAAUAAUAAAUUAGAAAUCAUUAAAUUGAUAAAAUUAAAGAAUAAAAAAUAGAUUAUGAAUUUUGUUAAAGCUUUUUAGUUCAAUAAUAAAAUGAUGAAGGUGCUGAAAUUGAUGAAUAUUUAAAAUAAGCUUAAAAUUAUAAUUAAGUUUUAAAAAUUACAGAAUAAAUGGCAAAUGAUGUAUUAUAAUAUUAUUUAAUUUUAAUAGUAUAAUGUAUAAAUAGAAGGACAGAAAUAAUAAUUAGAAUUGAUUAAAUAGUAUUUGUUAAGAUUAUAAAAAUUACUAUGA